UUCUCAGAUCCCAAAAGUAUCACAAAGGAGGAUCACCUGCAAUCUGCACAUUCCGUUACGUACCUUAUUUGCACCACCCCAAAAGUACAGGAUGAAGAAAGUGGUAAUUAAAGUGUCCUUGCAUGGAGAGAAGUCUCGCCCCAAAGCCGUGGACAUGUUAAUCCAGGUAAUGAAAGCUAUGGUGCCCUGUGAGUUGCUCUGGAACCAGCUGAAGCCCUCAGCAGCCAAAAACAAAAUCAAGGCCAUGCAAAUCGUAGCACGAACCCGAGGAGUUGCAUCGAUAGCUUUAGAUGGGCAGGAGAAGAACCAGCUUGUGGUUUCAGGAGAUGAUGAUCUUGAUCCUGUGAAGUUGGCUAUGUUGCUCCGAAGGCAUUUGGGAAUUGCUAAUAUUGUGAGUGUUGAUUCAUCAUAUAGUGAAAAGAAAGAAAGUGAAAAAGUUGAGACCACAACUGAUCAUGUUUAUGGUGGUGUUCCUAGUUUCCAUGUUGUUGAGCUUGCAGAUAACCCCGGGUGCAAUUGCAGCAUCAUGUGAGUGCCAAUAGAUCAAGAUUUUGGUAGACUUGAAUAUGCAAUUGCUUGUACCAGAAUGUUAUAAGCAAUGGAUGGAUAUAUAUAUAUAUAUAUAUGUGUGUGGUUUUCUCAAUUUGCAUGAGAGAGAUUAGAUAUAUGUAUGUGCGUCUGUAACCAA